CAGUUCAACUUCUUCGCCUCAACUUCUCCUGAAAAUUAUGCAGUUCUCCUUUCAGCCUUUCCUUUUGAUCAUCUCAUUUUUCUCAAUCAACCUUCCAUUCAGUCUCUGUGCCAAUGUCACAGCAGGAUAUGGCAACUGCAGCAAACCUAUUACCUGCGGGAGUGUCGAGAGCAACCUCUCUUACCCCUUUUGGGGAGCGAACCGACCCGAUUACUGUGGAAAAUCCGGGUUCAAGGUUACUUGCCAAGAUGAUGUCCCGUUGAUCACCAUGAGGAAUAUCAACUUCAGAAUUCUUGACAUGACUCCCGUGAGUAAUAGCAGUUCUAUGUUAAUUAACAUGAGCAAUAAUAAUACUACAACAACUCCGACUGUGAAAGUUUCUAGGGAAGAUUACUGGGGAACUAUCUGUCCCUCCAGCUAUGUUCCCACAAACCUCAACUUCUCUCUGUUUUCUUACUCUUCUGGGCUUCUGAACGUGUCUAUUUACUACGGAUGCAAUAUUUCAAUGAUGGCAGACGCAAGUAAUGUGCUUGACUGCAACAAUACCGGAACUGCUUCCUAUCUCACACAGACGAAGGCUAGUAAUCUCACAACUGUACCGGUCCCUUAUCCAUACGCCUGUGAAAAUGAGGUUUCGGUUCCGGUAUUUGAAUCUGCUUCUGAGGCUCUGGACGGAAAUGAUACAGAUAUUCAGACUGCCAUAGAUGGUGGUUUUGAAUUGGAUGUGGUAAAUGACGAUGGUGGCCUUUGCAACGAUUGCGUUGCAUCAGGAGGAGUUUGUGGGCAAAACUCUACUAGUUCUCAAUUCAUUUGCUUUUGCCGGUAUUCAUCUUCACCCUCCACAUGUUCUGGAAAUUCUUCAAUGCCAUCACCAGCUCCAAGUUCAUCAGAUUCGAGAUCUCAUGGUAGGAUCAUUGGCAUUUGGUUAGGAGUCUCUGGGGCCUUCCUAAUCAUUUUAGGAAUCAUAUACAUAUCAAGGAAAAAAAUGAUCUUCCCCAAAAAGGAACAAAGCAAUGAGUUGGAUAUCGAUGCAUUCAUAAGGAAUCAUGGAUCGAUUGCCCCGAAGAGGUAUAGUUACCAAGAUGUGGUGAAAAUGACCAACUCAUUUGAAGAUCAAAUUGGUAAAGGAGGAUAUGGUACUGUUUACAAAGGAAAGCUGCCGGAUGGCCUUCUAGUGGCAGUCAAAGUCCUCAAUGAAUCAAAGGGUGAUGGGGAAGAAUUUAUUAAUGAAGUUGCUAGCAUUGGUCGAACUUCCCAUGUCAAUGUAGUCACACUUACAGGAUUCUGUUACCAGAGGAACAAAAGAGCUCUGAUAUAUGAAUACAUGCCUAAUGGAUCCUUGGAUAAGUUCAUAAAUAACCAUGGAUCUUUGAAGUCAGGUUGCCCCUUAGAAUGGAACACAUUAUAUGAAAUUGCAGUCGGAGUUGCGCGAGGACUGGAGUACUUGCACCGCGGUUGUAACACAAGAAUUUUGCACUUCGACAUAAAGCCACAAAACAUUCUUUUGGAUAAAGACUUCUGUCCAAAGAUAGCAGAUUUUGGUCUUGCCAAACUGUGCAAGACUAGGGAGAGUAUUGUGUCAAUGUUGGGAACAAGAGGAACUGCAGGGUACAUUGCACCGGAAGUAAUUAGUCGCAACUUUGGCGGAGUGUCACACAAAUCUGAUGUUUACAGCUACGGGAUGCUGGUUCUCGAAAUGGUUGGGGCAAGACGGAAUUUACAUUCUAACGUGUCCCAUACAAGUGAAAUGUUUCCGCAUUAUGUCUACAAAGAUCUGGAUCUUGACAAUGACGACAACAUUUUCAGGGCAAUUCCAGAGGAGGAGAAUGAAACAGUGAGGAAGAUGAUGCUAAUUAGUCUUGGGUGCAUUCAAACCAUUCCAACUGAUCGACCAUCAAUGAGCAAAGUUGUAGAGAUGUUGGAAGGAUCGGUUCAUUCCUUGACAGUUCCACCGAAACCUGUCUUGUUUACUCCAACAGCAUCCACCAUCAUUAGUAGUGAUGCAGAAGAAUCUACAUAUGUCAUAUGAUCAAAUCCCAAGUAUCUGAAACAUGGUGAGACCCAAUAUCUUAAGUUGAACAAAAAGUAAUUAUACUUUCUAACUUAUGAAGAUAGCCUCUUCCAAGUUUCGAUCCUUUUUUUUGUUGCCAAAUGAUUACCAGUUUGGCAGUUCAUGUAAGUUAUUGUU